AUGAAGCCUCUACUGAAGACCGCGAAGGAAAGCAGUGCGUCAGCUGGUCGUGCAGGCGAAGAGAAGCAUGUGAAGAUUGUUGCUGAUCAAAAGGCUGAGAAGAAGACGGCGUUGGCCGAACAAAAAGUUGAGAAAUCAACUCCAGCACUAAGAGUGCAGAAAACGCCGGGUUUCACAGCACCAUCGCAAAGCACACAGUCACAGUCUCCAGAAAGCAGAGAUUUAUACGCUCCUGAACAGAUUAAAGUGUUGCAUAUCAACGACAUAAUGGAAGCUUCAGUAUCUCCGUCGUCAAGAGCAGUACUAGCAGCAGAUGAAGGCAAACGCGGACCAAUAAAAGUUGAAAAACCGAUACUUGAUCAGGAAAAGUUUGAUAAGUAUUACGGAUAUCGGAGAAUUGAUUUAACGUGGGCCAAAAAGUUGCAUUGGCAUUUCAAGCAGGUGUCGAAGUGGAAACGAGCAGAUUGGGCACAUUUUUGGAUGGGACGAGUUCCCAUAAGCAAAUGGUUAUCGCAAUACAAAUGGCGCGAAGAUUUAAGAUCAGAUCUAUUGGGCGGCACAAUGCUGUCGAUCAUAUGUCUGCCGCAAAGUCUAGCAUACGGGUAUUUAGUUGGUGUCCCUCCUAUUUAUGGCUUAAUUACUGCCAUAUUUAUUCCACUGGUCUAUGUGAUUUUUGGCAGCUCACGUCAUAACUCACCGGGGUGUUUUGCCAUAGCCGCCCUCAUGGUUGGUGGUGUAGUAGAAAAAUUUGCUCCAGGACAUGAAGUUGAUGCUCCACUAAGUCUGAAUCAUACUGCCAGUCCGCCUAUAUGCUGUAAGUCUGCAUCACCUUCGGUAUCACCUUCCGAUGCAGUUGUUAUUAGCUCUUCCCUUACUUUUGUGGUAGGAUUGUGGCAGAUUUUCUUCGGUUUAUUAAAUGCUGGGUUACUCGCCGUUUGGUUAUCAGAUCACCUAGUUCAAGGACUGACUUCUGGCGCUGCUGUACAUGUUGUAACGUCGCAGCUUAAGUCAAUAACUGGAGCAGAUGGAUUACCGCCAACGAGCGAACCAUUUGGUCUAAUAAAGUUCUAUUUAUGUUUCUACAAACAAGCCCAUACAGUGAAUCUGCACUGUGUAGUGUUAUCUUUGAUUGCCGUUUCACUAUUGCUCUUAUCGAGCUUCUUCAUCGACCCCAUCUUGAAAAAAUGGAUAAAAAUUAAGUUUCCAAUGGAGUUUGUUGUGGUUCUUUUCUCAAUUCUUCUUAUCUAUCUGUCGGAAGGUACUCGUUAUCACAUAAAUGUUCCAAUACUUGGACAGGUGGAUUCCGGACUUCCUGGUCCGCGUUUGCCCUCGUUUGAAGAAGUUGGGGAACUCAUAGGGCAAGGCUUCACCGUUGCAAUAAUAUCUUUUGUUAUACAUAUCGCCCUCGCUAAGCUGGUAUCGAAAAAGUUCAAUUAUGAGAUAGACGUAAAUCAGGAAUGGUUUGCUCUGGGUGCUGCACACACGCUUUCAUCAUUUUUCGGAUGCUUUGUUGGAGGAUCCUCGAUUGGGCGGACUAUGACGCAAGUCAAACUUGGAACGAAGAGUCAGCUCUCGACUUUGAUAUGCACAUUGAUAAUGAUUGGCUUUGUAUAUGGAGCUGGAAAAUUCAUCUAUCACCUUCCAAAGGCCAUCUUGGGUUGCAUUAUUGUUGUGGCGAUGAAAGAUUUACUCAUCCAACUUGUUCGAGGUUUUCAUUUAUGCAAAGAAAGCACCGUGGAUUUUAUGAUAUUUUUUGUUACACUGGUAUCUGUUAUUCUAACGAAUGUCAAUAUUGGGCUUAUUGUUGGUAUUGUUUUUGCACUACUAACAGUGGUUUUUCGAACACAGUGGGCGGACAGUUUUUGUAUGGGUCGAAUACCAGGCACAUCGGAUUUCAAAGGUUUGGGACACUAUCGCAGCGCAGAAGAGCUGCCAGGAAUAAAGGUUUUUCGCUUUGAUGCACCACUGUAUUUCGCUAAUGCUGAGUUAUUCAUAUCUCGUGUAAAUGAUGCCUGCGGAUUGAAUCCCGUCCUUGUGAAAGCAAAGUUGAACGAAAGUGCUGCAGCGGAAAAAAAUAAGACGAACAUGGAUGAGAGCGCAGAAGAUUCAAAAAAUGCUCCUGGAGAUAUGGAGUUGCGAGUCGUAGGACGUCGUCUUGCGGAUGCGUCCACAGAGGUAGUGGAAGAUUCAACAGAACAUGUUGUUACACAGCUUACGCAUAUUAUUAUAGACUGCUCGAGUAUUCCUUACAUAGACUUGAUGGGAAAGGAUGCUAUUUGUCAAAUAGUUGCCGACUACGCUGCAAUUGACAUCACUGUAUUGAUUGCUAACGCCAAAGUAACUUUGCGCCAACUUUUUGAAACAAGUGAUUUUUACCAAAAAGUUUCCAAGAACAAAAUGUUUGUAAGUGUUAAUGAUGCGGUAUCGCAAGCCCUGAAAGAACAAAGAGAACGCUUCCCUGAUCGUCCACCAGCGAUUAUGCCAUCCGAGAUAAUGCGAAAACCAGUUGUCUUGAAAGAAGAGCCCGUAGCAUUAUCUCCCGCUCAGAAAACAAUAGUCAGUAAUGUAUAUGAAGAAGGCGAAGAACAGAUCACACAGAGUGCAGCAUCUACCACCCAGGCGCCCGAAUUUUCGGGACCCAGUACCAGGGCACGUAAAGGAAUCAUCAAAAGAAAAGAUGACUUAGCAAAAAAGGACGAAAAGAAAAGAAAAGAUGAAAUUAAGAAGGACGAUCAGGAGAAAAAGAAGGAUGAAGGGAAAGUGCCAAUAUGGCGACGUCCAUUCAAAAAGGUAUCGAGAAAAGAUUUGGAUCAAACCCAAUAAACUUAAAGAUACUGCUUCCUAUAUAACGAAAAUAAGAAAAGAC